AUAUCUCUUAGCUCUCAUAGUCCAUGGAUGACCCUAACUCACAAUUCAACAUAGCUUCACACUUUAAUCAAACACCAUUUUACCUACCUCACCAACUACAUGCAUCACAUCUUAGUCCAACACCAUUUGUAAGAAGGCUGCCCGAGUACCGAGAACAACCGCAAGCAAAAACAACAUCGGAGAUGGGGCCAUCGUCAAGCCGCGGAGGAAGCGGGAAGCACUCAAAGUACCGUGGAGUGAGAAGCCGGAGUGGGAAAUGGGUAUCGGAGAUUCGCGAGCCGCGGAAGACCACUCGGAUUUGGUUGGGGACUUACCCGACCCCCGAGAUGGCAGCAGCGGCAUACGAUGCCGCUGCGCUUGCCUUGAGGAGCAGUGACGCAGUGCUCAACUUCCCGGCGUAUGCCGGGAGCUAUCCCGUCCCCGCUUCCUCUGACGGGGCAGAAAUAAGGCGAGCCGCCGCACUCGCUGCCAGCAUGAUGAAACCGGAAGGGAGCGAAUGUGGGGCGGCUCGACGACUAGAAAGAAGUUGUGAGCAGACGUAUGACGCGGAGUACAUUGAUGAAGAAGAGUUGUUCGACAUGCACAAUUUGUUGGUGGACAUGGCCGGGGGAAUGAUGGUGAGCCCACCGAGGAUGACGUCGUCUCCGCCGCCGGAUGAUAUGUCGGUAAUUACCGGAGCCGAGAGCCUUUGGAACUAUUGAUAUAUUUAUACUCAUGAGGCAGUGGAAUAAAUAAUGAUUGUCAAUUAGGAAAAUAAGAUAUAUUAUGUGGACGGUCGGAAUUAGAAAAGGUAUAUCAACCUCGCCUUAGGGUAGAUAGAGGCAUAGAGCUGCUUGCUAGCAGCAUUUUAUAUCCCGUACGGGGUUUAAAAGUUACUCCAUAUAGGGAGUAUUACUCCAAACUGUCCCCUUUGUAUCUUCUCUAAUAUUAGCUUCAUAGCUUCUAUCAAGAAUUAAAAUGCUUUGUAACUUGGACGUUAAAUAUACACACAAACAUGAUCGAAUUUGGUAGCCUAGCUUAUCCCUAGCUAGUAUUGGAGAAAAAUCUUUAAAUAAGAGUAAAAUAUAAAUAAAAU